AUGCUGAAGCGAAAGGCUGAAGCGGAGGCAGCCGAAUCAGGAGCCGGAUUGGGAGUCAGUUCGAACGCGAAGAAAGCCAAAGGAGGGUCACUAGGCGAGAAUUUCCCUAACGAACCACUUGCGAAGUUGCUGGAUAGAUGGGAUGUAGCCGGACCAAGAGGCCGCGACUUCCCAAGAUUCAAUCAAGCGAAGUCUAUUCUUAAGAGUAGAGAAUGUGCAAUUCUCCUCAAGCUUCGAUCGACGGACGCGGUCAAACAGGGGAUCUCAAUCUUCGUGGAGGCUAAGGUCAGGCUUGUUACUACCAAUCAAGCUCCAGCCCUCGUGAUAAUUCUUCAAGGCGGCUAUCAGAUUCAACUCAGAUCGAACCAUUUCAAGAGAGAUGUGAGUGCAAAUGAAUCGCGCGGUUUAAUCGACACAAAAGUUUUUGCCAGGGAUAGCAAAGUAUUGAAGGAUGCCCUCGAGAAAUCGUACCAUGUCAAUCUCCGCGACGAAGUCAUCAAAUCGAUAAAUGACAUCUUCACUGUGGAUACUAAGAAUCUCCACCUCAUGGAAUUUGAACUGGAAGGCAAAUUUUGGUUUGAUCGAACACCCGAACUGCCACUGAAGAAAGAGGAUCUCACUGAGACUCAAUUGCGUCACCAAAACCUCGCAAAUUCAAUACUUGGGCAGCUGAAUCGUGGCCGAAACGAUACUAUCUGCAUUCGAGCACAACAACACGUCUUUCCAGUCAUCAACGCAUAUUGGUCGAAUUGUCUCAACUUGGCCCAUUCGAGCCGCGAUUGGUCAUUCUACAACAAUUACAUUGGAAACAUGGCUGAAAAUCAAUUCGAUAGAUGGCAUAGCGAGAAAGGAAAUCCAAACUUGCCAAUCGUUCGUCAACGUUGGAUGCAAGUACCCUCCGCUUCAAAGAAUUCGAUACAAUAUCGUUCAUAUCCGGCGAAGAGAAACUUCUCAAGUACAAAGGAGCUCGAGACAAUCCUUAGUGUUGGUCUCAUUGGAGAUGCCAUGUGGGACAACGUGAAUAUUGCUAUGCACUUCGGUAAGGACGUCAUACAUACCGCCAUUGUUGGAGAAAAAGAUGUAGUUGGCGAUAGAAUCCUCCAUAUUCUGGUUUCGAGGGGUGAUGAGUUCCCCAUGCCACCAACUCCUCCUGGUUCAGAACUCAAAGUCCGAUUUAUGCCUGGGGUCGUCGAAGCGAUGACUAAAACUAGCAAUCAAGAACAAGGAGAAGGGGAAGCAGCCAGGUCAAAAUGA